AGCGAAGCGGCGCCGCCAUGCAGAGAGAGGAAAAGCAGCUGGAGCUGACUCUGGAGGCGCUCAUCAGCCAGGUGGCCGACCUGAAGAACUCCUUGGUCAGUUUUAUCUAUAAGCUGGAGAACGAGUAUGACCGACUCACAUGGCCUUCAGUUCUGGACAGCUUUGCAUUGCUCUCAGGACAGCUGAACACCUUGAAUAAGGUGCUAAAGCAUGAGAAGACCCCGCUAUUGAGAAACCAGGUUAUCAUACCCCUGGUGCUAUCACCAGAUCGUGAUGAGGAGAUCAUGCGGCAGACGGAGGGACGUGUGCCGGUGUUCAGCCAUGAGGUGGUGCCUGAUCAUCUUCGAACUAAGCCUGACCCCGAGGUGGAAGAGCAGGAGAAACAACUGAUCACGGAUGCAGCUCGAAUCAGCCCUGAUGUGGCUCAGAAACAGAUCCAAAGCCUGAACAAAAUGUGCUCAAAUCUGCUGGAGAAAAUCAGCAAGGAGGAGCGGGAAUCUGAAAGUGGAGGUUUACGCCAGAACAAGCAGACUUUCAACCCUGCAGAUACCAAUGCUCUGGUAGCAGCUGUAGCGUUUGGGAAGGGACUGUCAAACCGGCGCCCCCCUGGCACAGGGGCAUCUGUCCAGUCAGGUCAACCAGGAGCUGGUGCAAUCAUUGCAGGGGCUUCAGGCAUGCAGCAGGUGCCAAUGUCAAGUGCAGCAGCUCAGCAGCAGCCAAUGCUGGCAGGAGUGCAGAUGGCACAGGCUGGACAACCAGGAAAGAUGCCAAGUGGCAUAAAAACAAACAUCAAAUCUGCCUCAAUGCAUCCAUAUCAGAGAUGAGCUGAGAUGAAGAGAACCCAGGGAAGAGCCGUUAGCAGCAUUGCUCCUGCUGCAGCUACCACUCCUCGAUCCCCUGUAGGACUUCUGAGUCUCUUCACAUACCCGCAUGCCGUACCCAGGGAGCUGGGAACCCCUCCUUGGUCUUGAUUUAGUGCAAGGUGGUUUGUGCAGAGCCACUAGUGGCUCUCCCUUUGUGGCUCUUCUGUCUCUUGGGGAUCAGAACUCCCUGUUCAGCCAGAGCAGUGUACUUCUGGAAUGGAUCCCAUCUUCUUCAGGGCUGGUCAAGAGAACUCCUGCUUUUCCUGAUAUAGAACCUGAAGAGCUGCAUGGAGUGCUCUUCUCUUGGUUUGUUAAUGUAGAAAAGACAUUCUCUCUUUACUCCAUCUUGUUGAAUAAAGACUGUGUUAUCC